CAGUUUGUGAUAACGAUUUGUCAAAACAAAACGAAGUAAAAAAUAACCUACGUUUUUAAAGUGUAUUUGUGAUUUUAACAAAACAAAAAGAAACUUUAAUGAUUUAUGUAAUUAAUUAUCUUUUAAUAUGCUUGGACAAAAACCAAAAUUUAUUCGACCUGGUGAUGACACUCUUUACCCGAUAAGGAAUAGAGAUGGUGUCAUAGAGACGUUAUUAAACCCAAGUGUAGACGUAGCAUUAACAGUGGAUAGUGAUUCAAAAAGUAAUUUCGUAUAUAAUCGUUACCAUCAUUUACCUUUAGACGCACAAAGACAGAAAUUACCUGUAUUCCAGUACAGAAACCAUAUACUGUACUUAUUAGAAAAGUAUCAAAUUUUGAUAUUGAUCGGAGAAACAGGAUGCGGGAAGUCAACACAAGUUCCUCAGUAUUUGUACGAGAUAGGACAUAGAGUAUGCGUGACGCAGCCCAGAGUGGCCGCGGCGGUAUCUCUAGCGGCCCGAGUUGCCACCGAGAGGGGGGAGGAACCCGGUCACACGGUGGGGUACGCUGCUUCUAUGACGUCAGCACGGUCCAACGAUACCGGCAUUGUGUUCAUGACAGAAGGUGUUCUUCUAAGAGAAAUGUUCGCGUCACCUCUUCUUAUGCAGUAUUCUUGCAUAGUACUGGAUGAGGUUCACGAAAGAACUCAGAUGACUGAUGUUCUUAUGGGAUUGCUAAAGAAAAUCGCUAAAAAACGUAAGAAUCUAAAAUUAGUAAUAUCUUCGGCUACAAUGGACGCGGAGUUUCUGAGAGAUUUCUUCAAUCUGUCAGAGAAAAAGGAGCAAGACAGAAAGAGUACAUCGGUUAUAAUGUCAAUGCAAGGACGGACACAUCCCAUUGACGUAUUUUAUGUUGACGAAGCAGUAGCGGACUACGUGAAAGCUACAAUCGACACUGUCAUCAAAAUACAUGAAAAUGAACCUUUUGGUGACAUCUUGGCAUUCCUCACAUCACAGGAAGAAAUACUAUCAGCUUUAGAAAUAUUAGAACAGUAUUCGGAAGAGAAUAACGAAACAAAUAAAGAGAGACGUUACUUUGCAAGCGGGAUACAGGCAGCUAAUCUGACAGUGUUGCCGAUGUAUGGGACUUUGCCGCAUUACAGACAGAUCAAAGUGUUUCAAAUUGCUGAUAGAAAUGUUCGCAAAGUUAUAUUAGCAACGAAUAUAGCGGAGACCAGUGUUACCAUUCCUGGGAUUGUUUAUGUGAUCGACUGUGGGUUCCACAAGUUGCCAUACUUCGAGCCGGCAGUGGGCGUGCAGUCUGUCUGCAUCACUCCCAUAUCAAAGAACAACGCGAUGCAGCGCGCGGGUCGGGCGGGCAGGACUAGUCGCGGGAAAUGUUACAGAUUGUAUACAGAGAGUCAGUACGAGAAGCUAUCAACCUGUAUACCGCCGGAGAUGUGCCGCAGCGAUCUAUCCGCUAUGCUGCUGCAACUCAAAGCAUUGGGCAUACAUAAUGUUUUAAGAUUCACAUUCCCGACGCCGCCUCCAGCAAAGAGUCUGCUGUCAGGUCUGGAGACAUUGUACGCGCUCUCAGCUGUCGACAGACACGGAGAUCUGACCUCACCAGUGGGAGCUUGUAUGGCGGAGUUACCUUUGAAUCCGAUGUGCGCCAAGAUGUUGUGCAAUAGUGGUGAAUACGGUUGUAUAGAAGAAAUGCUAUCCAUAGUGUCCAUGUUACAAGUGGACGGUGUGUUCACGUCCCCUGCCACCGGGAAGGGUAAUAUCAACGCUAAGAUAUCCAGAAGAAAUAACUUUGAGGUGGCAGAAGGCGAUAUAAUUAUGUAUUUAAAUAUAUUUGACGCAUAUUUAAAAAUAAGGUCAAAAGAUACGACGAAAUAUAAAAAGCCAUGCAAAGACUGGUGUCAGAAGAUGUAUAUUAAUUAUAGAGUUAUGGAGAAGGCGUAUGAAAUAAGACAAAGCUUAGAGAAGUUAAUAAAGGACAAAUUCAAAAUGGAGGACAAAACAUUUGAAGGACCCGAUUUAGGAACUGGUAAAUGUGUCCGCGUGAUGCGGUGCGUGGUGUCGGGCCUGUUCCCGCAAGCUGCGCGUCUCUCGGCCGCGGGGGAGUACUGCGGCGUGCGCGGCGCUCUCCUCCACAUCUCUCCACAGAGCUGUCUCUAUCAUCACCAGCAGCCUCACUGGGUGGUGUUCGCGGGCGUGGUGAGCGCGGCGGACAAGACGUACAUGAGAGAUCUCAUGACUAUACAAAAAGAUUGGUUAAUUGAAGUUGCACCACAUUACUACAGAGAGACUUGAUACCAACAACUUUAGUACAGAAAACAAUCCAAAUAUCAAGAUUAUUGCGCCAAGAGGUUACACAAGUAUCAAGAUUGAUAUAGAAACAGUUUUUACAAGUAUCAAGAUUGCUUUAAACCAAGUUGACGUAAUAAUUUGAAACGUCUGAAUUGAAUCAGAGGUCAAAGUUUUUGCUACAAUCAAAUAAAGAUAAUAAAAACUAUAA